GAACAGAGCUAUACACCAACGUAUCUUUAAUACAGGUAAAACUAACCUAUACAAUGCAUGCAACAUUUUGUUUUUAUCAAUUCCUUCAUUUUUUUGGUUUUAUAACUUUAUAAAUCAGUCAGAUAUUUUUCUUUUUGCAAAUCUUUAAGUUUAUACAUUUGUACACUCAUAAGCGACCAAGGCUUUUUAUACUAUUUAAAUUAAUAUCAACAAUGGAAAACGAAGUACAGACUACAGUUUUAGUAACUGGAUUUGGUCCAUUUGGGAAUUACAAGGUAAAUCCUAGUUGGGAAGCAGUUAAAUUACUUCCAAAAUUAUUUGAUGAAUCAGAAAAAUCGGACAUAAAGUUAAUCAUAGAAGAAAUAGCUGUUGCAUAUGAAAGUGUAUCUUCAAAAGUAAAAGAAUUGUGGCAAAAGCAUAGACCAUCUAUAAUCGUUCAUGUUGGAGUAAGUUAUGUAGCAAAUUGUUUAACAAUUGAAUGCCAAGCCAAUAGCAAAGGCUAUAAUAGGCCUGAUGUAUUUGAUAAAUGUCCUAAAGAAGAAAACAUUGAUCAUAUUACUUUAAAAACUAAAUGCAAUGUUCAAGACUUGUGUGAAAUUGUCAGUAAAAAACUGGAAGAUCAGAAUUGUAAAGUUUGCAUUUCCUAUGAUGCUGGAAGAUAUUUAUGUGAAUAUAUUUAUUAUCAAUCGCUUUCCAUAGAAGAACCUCAAGUUCUUUUUAUUCAUGUUCCUGAAACAAAAAUUUAUCCAAUUGAAAAAACUGCUCAAGGACUUUUUGAAAUUCUUGUACAGCUGAUUGCAUGUACAUGCAACAAUAAAUGAAGAGCACAAAAAUAGGCUUAGAGUGUAUUUUUAUACAAUUUUACAAAUAUGUUUCAAAUAUAUGUUUACUUAAAAAACUAUUUAAACUACAACUUAUGAUUACUCAGCCUAUUGUUCUCCAAGAGUAAAUUUCGUUUUAAGUGGUGCAAUAUUGUUUUUAAGUUCUCGUGAGUAUGGUUUCCUUAGUUCAUCAGCAACAUGUCCCAUUUGUAUUGAGCAAUCUGGAUGAAAAGAGUUUGAUAAAACUGUACA